CCAACAAGUCUCAUUUUUCUCUGAGUCUUAGUAUUUAACUGCCUUUACUUCUGGGGGGUGUCCUGGUUGAUAUCCAGACUCAUCUACAUUUCCAGGGGAAAUCUUCCUCUCCAGAAAAGUAUAAUUCACUCACCAAACAAUUUCUUCAUUUUACAGGACUUGGUAGAACUUCCAAUUUGGACAGCUUCUAGCAGAACAGGGAGAGGUCUUUUGGGCCUAGUCGGAGACUUCCUUAGAAUAGAGAUCAAGGAUGGAAAAGGAAGAUUCAGCUGCCCACGAAGCAGGAAGAAGUCCUUGUACAAACCAGGCUGGCAGCCCCAGGGAAUUCUGGGAAAGAACAGUGCAGAAGGUCCUGGGGAAGGAGGACACAAUCGGCUCAGAUGUGCAGCGCCAGCGUUUCAGACAGUUCUGCCACCAAGGGGCCAAAGGGCCCAGAGAGGUUUGCAGGCAACUCCACCAUCUCUGCUGUCAGUGGCUGAAACCAGAGCGACACACAAAGAAUCAGAUUCUGGACCUGGUGAUUCUGGAGCAGUUCCUGAUCAUCCUCCCAGAAGAAAUUGAGAGCUGGGUGAGGGAAUGUGGAGCAGAGACCUGUUGCCAGGCAGUGGCCCUGGCCGAAGGUUUCCUCCUGGGCCAGGACAAGAAGCAGGCAGAGCAUCAGGUAAAGGGUCCAUUUGCAGAAGUGUCUGAAGAUUUCUUUGCAUCGGAGAAGGUUCUGUCAGAGACCAGACACAAUCUCUUGCAAAGGGAUAAUGUUCAGGAGAUAGACAGACAUGCCACCUCACUGGGUGAUGAAAUGAGGCUGGCAAAACCUCCUCGGGCUUCUCCUUUUUGCAAUGAACAAGAAGCAGCUACUGUGGAAUCGGAUCAGAAGACAGCGGCUCGGCGGGCAGCGGCUGAGGGGAUUCCUCAGAGUCAAAGGAGUGGCUCCUCGUCCAACGCAGCCCGCGCCGCUGCCGCCGUGCACUUCUGGGAGCCACCCGGCCUGAUGCUCGAGGCGGAAUUCUCCAUGCCACUGUGCGGGGAGGGAAGGCCGCCUCGGGGCUCCCCGCGUGCAAUGGGAGCCGAAAGCGACCGGCUCACUGCCCGCCCAGAAGGAGGAGGAUGGGAGGAGGAGGCAGCGGCGGAGCCAUAG